AUGCCGGCGGCGCGGCGCGGGGUCGGCGCGCGCGCCGCUGCGGGGCACGGGCCGCAGCCUUGGGAUGAGGCGCGGCGGCGCGCGCAUCGCAUGGGCGGUGCUGCUGCUGGGCGCGCGGGCCGCGCCGCCGCAGGGCGGCGCUGGCGCCCUCCACACGCUGGUGCCCGCGGGUGCGCUCCCGCUGCGCACGCGCGGGCGCGACGUCGUGGGCCAAGUGGCGAGGUUGUUCCGCUGUUCUGCGUGAACUGGUACGGUGCCCACAUGGAGCAGAUGGUCGUCAACGGCCUUGGCGUGAGGAGCGCGGAGAGCAUCAGCGGCAGGAUCGUGGAGAUGGGGUUCAACUGCGUCCGCCUCCCGUUCAGCCUGGACCUCGUCUUCGGGAGCCUGGUGCGCGUGCCCGCAGAGCAGGAGGCCCUGGCCGCCAACCCCGAGCUGAAGGGACGCUCCCCGCUCGAGGUCUUCGACGCCACGGUCGCGGCGCUGACGCGACGAGGCCUGCUGGUAAUCCUGAACGACCACAACUCGAAAGCAAUGUGGUGCUGCAGCGAGGACGACGGAGAGGGCCUCUGGUACACAGAUCGAUACCCCGAGUCGAGGUGGCUGGACGCCAUGGGGCUCAUGGCCAGCCGCUAUCGUGACGACCCGCGCGUCGUGGGAUUCGACCUGCGCAACGAGAUCCGGUCAUCGAAGCACGGGACGCCGACCUGGGGCGGGGGGGAGCCUUCUUCGGAUUGGGUUGGCGCUGCGCUGAAGGGCGCAUUGCGGGUGGCCGCGGCGAACGACAACAUGCUGAUCGUCGUGUCAGGACUCCAUUUCAGCAUGUUUCUGUGCGAUGUGCCCUCGCGCCCGGUCCACCUCGAGGUCCCCGAGCUGCGGUCGCGCGUCGUGUACACCGCCCACGAGUACGACUGGUACGUGAGCGACCUGGGCGUCUUCCACGACGUGGCCCGCCACGUCGUGCUCGGCUACUCCGCCGCCCUCUGCGCCGUGCUCGCCGCCGGCGCCGCGCCGCUCCUGCUGCGGCUCACCCCCCGGGGCCGCCGCCCGGGCCCCGGGUGCUGCCCCGUCGCGCUCGCCGCCCUCCUGGGGCGGCUCCAGCGCUGCGCCUGCGCGCGCGGGCUGGCCGCUCCCGCGGGCGCCCCGGCCGUCCUCGCGCUGCUGCUGGGCAGCCUGCUGCUGCGCGCCGCUGCCAGCGCUGGCGCGGGCCUGGCGAGCGGCUGCGAGCGGCGCCCGGCGCUCGGCACCGGCGGCCUGCUCUGCCUCCUCGUGCCCCCCGCGGCGCUGGGGCUGGCGUCCGCGUCCUGCCUCGUGGCGUCGGGGGCCCGCCAGGCCCACGACGCGCUGCUGCGGCGCGCGAGGGAGCCCUGCGGGCAGGCCGGGGCGGCGGGCGCGCCGGAGGUGGAGCUGGGCCUGGCCGUGCGGGGAAGGUCUGUGGGCAGGCCGGCCGAGGCCGUGCGGGACGAAGGUCUGGCCAGCAGUUCCCUCGGCCCCGCAGCCAGUGCGAGCCGCCAGGUGCCAGGCCGGCGGACGACCCUCUGCGCAGCGGUUGCGGUCGCGGCGUCGCUCGGCAACGCCUUCUCCAUCUGGCGGCGGCUGGCCUCGUACGAGGUCUUUGAGGAGGAGCUAGAGUUGCGGUGGGGGUUCCUGCUGCGGGCCGGGGGUGGCGACGAGGCCACCGCGCCCGUUUGGCUGGGCGAGUUCGGCGCGGACCAGCGCAGCCUGUGGUGGCAGCACAUGCUGCGCUACAUGCGCGAGCGCUCGGUCGGCUUUGCCUACUGGCCCCUGAACGGCGACAAGCGCCCCGGGGAGGAGGAGAGCUUCGGGCUCCUGGACACGGACUACGCCACGGUGAGGCACGCGUGGAAGUUGGCCGACCUCCAGGGGUUGAUCCGGCACGCGUCCGAAAGCCCUCCCGCAGGAGCGGACGCGCAGAUCGCACGGAUCCUCGGGAGGGAGGGGAAGGAUGGCGUUGUCCUCUUGCUUCUCUUGCUGCUGCUGCUGUUGCUGCUGCUCCUCCUGCGCCCCUCUGCUCGUCGUACUGCAUGUGCUCAGAAUGCUGGCAGCCCGAUGUCAGUACUGGCUUGGGACCGAGGUGGCUCCUCCUGGAUCCUGAACAUGCGGGCUGUGUCAUCCACGGGAUCGACACCCUGGAACGGCCCCACCCUGGCCAACGCUUAG